CUUCAGUCUCUCUGCUUUUGCCGUAACACAGAAGAGCAAAAUGGCAUCAGCUACUGCUUCCCACACUUUGUGCGGCAUCCCCGCCACGUCAUCCUCUACCACCACCAGGGCUUCCCCUUCCCCUUCUCCUCGGUUCCUCCUCAAAACCCCUCUCCGCCGCCUCAGUUUCGCCGGCUCUGCUGCUGAUUCAGUCUUCACCAGCCACGUGGCGACCAAGCUCCGAUCCCUCAAGGGCUCAUCCAAGCCUGUUAGGGCUGUUGUCUCCAUGGCCAAGAAGAGCGUUGGAGACCUGACCGCUGCUGAUUUGAAGGGAAAGAAAGUGUUCGUGAGGGCAGAUUUGAAUGUGCCACUUGAUGAUAGUCAGAACAUUACUGAUGACACUAGGAUUAGAGCUGCCAUCCCUACCAUCAAGCACUUGAUGGCCAAUGGUGCUAAAGUUAUUCUCUCCAGUCACCUGGGAAGGCCAAAAGGAGUCACUCCUAAAUACAGCUUGGCACCGCUUGUCCCCAGGCUAUCUGAACUGCUUGGAAUCCAGGUUGUGAAGGCCGAUGACUGCGUUGGUCCGGAGGUUGAGAAGUUGGUUGCUUCACUUCCCGAGGGAGGAGUUCUUCUUCUUGAGAAUGUAAGAUUCUACAAGGAGGAAGAGAAGAAUGAACCUGAGUUUGCAAAGAAACUUGCAUCAUUGGCAGAUCUCUACGUGAAUGAUGCCUUUGGUACAGCUCACAGAGCACAUGCCUCUACAGAGGGAGUUACUAAAUUUUUGAAGCCUUCUGUUGCAGGUUUCCUUUUACAAAAGGAAUUGGACUAUUUAGUCGGGGCAGUUUCAACUCCAAAGAGGCCAUUUGCUGCUAUUGUGGGUGGCUCAAAGGUUUCGUCCAAGAUUGGAGUGAUCGAAUCACUUCUGGAGAAAUGUGAUAUAUUGCUUUUGGGUGGAGGCAUGAUCUUUACCUUCUACAAGGCUCAAGGUCUUUCAGUUGGUUCCUCCUUGGUUGAGGAAGACAAACUAGAGCUUGCUACAUCACUCAUGGAAAAGGCCAAGGCGAAAGGAGUCAGUCUCUUGUUACCAUCUGAUGUUGUGAUUGCAGAUAAAUUUGCUCCUGAUGCUAACAGCCAGACUGUGCCGGCAUCUGCUAUCCCCGAUGGUUGGAUGGGGUUAGACAUUGGACCAGACUCUAUCAAGACUUUCAAUGAGGCCUUGGAUACCACAAAAACAGUGAUCUGGAAUGGACCUAUGGGGGUGUUUGAAUUUGACAAGUUUGCUGCUGGAACAGAGGCGAUUGCAAAGAAGCUAGCAGACCUAAGUGGGAAAGGAGUGACCACAAUCAUCGGAGGUGGAGACUCUGUUGCAGCUGUUGAGAAAGUUGGAGUUGCAAGCGUUAUGAGCCACAUAUCCACUGGUGGUGGUGCCAGUUUGGAGCUACUGGAAGGAAAGGAGCUCCCUGGUGUCAUAGCUCUAGAUGAAGCAGGCGCCCCUGUCACUGUGUAAAAAAAUUUGCUCUAAUUUUUUUUCCGGUCAACUUAAAUCAGUGGUGAUUUCCAGUUGGGAAACAUUGAGUUGAUGUUGUAGAUUUUUCAGGUGAUACUUGCAAUAUAAGAGUCCGUUUUUUCACCCGUGUUCUUUUGUCUAAAUAAAGGGCGAGUAUGUAUAUCAGUUAUAGACAGCUACAAGCUUUGAUGUGUUCAACAAACUCUAUCCUUGAUUUGGUUCA